CCUUUCGGUGGCAUGUCUGUUCUUGCUGUUGGAGAUUUCUUUCAGCUCCCUCCCGUGAGACAGUCCAAACCUCUGUGCGUGUACGAUCCUACGCGGCUGGACCACUGGCGUGACGACUUCAAAAAGAUCACGCUCACCGCCAUCAUGAGGCAGAAAGACGAUGUCGCCUUUGCCGAACUGCUGAACCGACUCCGCGUCAAAGAAAAGUCAGAUGAACUGUCGGAAAUGGACAGAGCUCUCCUUGCCACGAGGUGGAUGGCCAUAACUCUGCGAUGCUGGAACUGCUUCAUAAGGACAUUGUGCAGAUUGACGCGGAUGACUACAAGAAAGACAAAGGAACUGGCAGAAUGGCAAGGCAAGCUUCCCCUGUGCAAGGCGCUAAGAAUGAGCUCCCGGACUCCAUCAAAGUUGCCCUGGGUGCUCGUGUUAUGAUCACACGGAACGUUGAUGUUCAAUCAGACUGGAGGAGAAGCUGAACAAGGCUGGAGUGACGCGCCGACAGUUUCCCAUCAAGCUUGCUUUUGCCUGCACGAUCCACAAGGUACAAGGCAUGACAACGUCACAGGCUGCAGUUUCGCUGAAAGGUGUUUUCGAACACGGCAUGGGGUACGUAGCUCUGAGUAGAGUGACUUCGCUCAGUGGUCUGCAUAUUCUGCAUAUGGAUGAGAGAAGGCUUCAUGCAAAUCCACAAAUCACUGCUGCUCUUGCUGAGAUGGCAGAGGAUUCUUUGGAGAGCGUCAUGCCCCUCCUUCACGUGAUGCCGUCGGUAGAUCGGGCAAAUCACCUGGUUGUCGUCCAUCAUAACACCGAAGGGCUGUCUUGUCACGUGCAAGAUAUCGUGUCUCAUCACGAACUGCUUUUCGCUGAUGUUUUGUGCUUCACAGAGACACACCUCCAAGGAUCAGUGGCCGAUGGACGUGCUUGCUUGGAAGGCUACACGAUGUUUUGCAGGAACCGAAGUGAUUCUUACACAAACUGUCCUGACUUGGCGACAAAACGUGGUGGCGGCGUAGGUAUUUGUGUCAAAAGUCACAUCGCGGCCCAGGAAAAGAAAUACGUUCAGGGUGUGACCGACAUUGAAUUUGUUGUGGUGAAACUUGAAGAUCCCCUCAAUGUGUUGAUUGCUGCCGUUUACAGGCCUCCAGGCAACAGUCUGCGCACUUUUCUGCCAAGCUUGGGAAAUCUCUUGCGGUACCUUGAAGUAAUGGAGCAUCAUCAGAUCUUGGUAUGUGGAGAUUUUAAUGAAGAUAUGCUAUCUGCCUCAUUCAAGCCCAUUCUUGAUUUGUUCCGCUCGAAAGGCUACACGCAACUCAUAGCCACUGCUACCACUGACAAAAACACAUUGCUUGACCUCAUUUUUGUCUCUCGACCUCAGUGUGCCCUUCAUUCAGGUGUCCUGCAAACGUACUACAGCUAUCACAAUCCUGUUUUCUGUGUUUUGACCAGUGAAAGGUAAGUCACAGCUAAAUCAGCAUUUUCUAAAACAACAAGGAUGGAAAUCGAAACGUCAACGGUGUCGUAAGUGUAUAAUAAUAGUGGUGGGAUGCGGUGGGUGAUUUGUUGACUUGAGGAGAGAUGGGAUCCAGAGUGGAAGUGCUCAUUACUUGACCUCUUUUUCUUUCUCUCGACCUCUGUGCUCUUUAUUCAGGUUCCGUGCGAACAUACAACAGCUAUCACAAUCCUGUUUUCUGUGUUUUGACCAGUGAAAGGUAAGUCAAAUCUAUAUCAUGUUUUUCAGUAGUUGGAAAAACAACGAGGACAGACGUCGAAUGGCGUAAGUGUAUAAUAUUAGUGGUGGGAUGUGGUGGGUGAUUUGUUGACUAGAGAUGAAAUGGGAUCUGGGGCUCAGAAUGGUAAACGUAAUGUUGCCAUUAGCCUCACAAUUUCCACAUAGAAAAUAACUACCAACCCAUGUGGAUAGCGAUAGCUGGAAAAGCAGCUUUAUACUGAUAAUAUAAAUUGGUGGCAAUGAAAUCCACCCCUAUUUUGGACACUGAGGUUUGUGCAUGAUGCUAGCAAUAAACCUGUUGCCUGGCUGGCAUUACAAAUGGAGAAAACAUCGAAUUGGACAAUACUUAUCGAUGGCAAAGGUUUGCUUGACGCGAGAAACAUGCUUCAGAGUGAGUGAAGGGGAGACGGAGAGGAGUGGCCUUUUUAACUUGGAUUCACUUUUAUCAUUUUUAAAUGGUCCCAGGCAAAUCAUAGAAGAGUGAUAAAUGGAAACAAACCGUGAGUAAAGCCUUACAUGAAACUGUCAUUAAAAAGUAUCAUGAGUAAAGGUGGUCAUACAUGUAAAGACAAGGACAGUUGAUGUAGCUGAACUCAUGUCUGUGGUGGUAAGUUGAGAUGGGCCUGUAUGUUGAGAUGGAAUGGGGGUUGUUGUGGACUCAAGUUCAGUUAAGGCAGUGCUUCUCAAUUAUUUUCUGUUACGCCCCCCCCCUAGCAAGAAGAAAUCUAUUCGCGCCCCCCCUCCCCACCGUGACUAUCCUAACUUGUCUUGUAAGUCGUAAAAUGUUGCACUGUCGCAAACGUGACAGAAGUAACAAUGAGAGCGCCACUGCCCCCUGCUGUAGCAGACGCGCAAUUACACUUUAUUCUAGUACUGCCAAAAAAAAAGCCUGUUCCCCAGGGUCACACGCGCCCCCCCAGGAAUAGCACCGCGCCCCCCAAGGGGGGC